UGCCGUUGUCCCGUCCCGUCGCCACCCCCCACCCGGCUACCGCCUUGUAGGGGGGGGCGGGGGCCAGGCGGUGCAGCAGGGCGCCCCCUGCAGCCGAGGGGCGCUCACCGCAGCCAUGAAAUAUACACGAGGCUCAGCGAGCUGAGGGCGCUUCCAUCGCCUCCGACCUCAGCAGCCGCUCAGCCCCUGCCUCGCAGCCCGUCCUGCCCGCAGAGCGGGCGGGAGGCGAUCGGUCGGAGCAGACGCUUGCAAGGGACAACCCACGUAUGGCAAUGUGGAACUUCCUGCUCCAGUCGUCUCCUCUCAGGCCCAUGUGACUGUGGCACCAUUUCAGCCAUUUUCAUUGUCCAACGCACCCUUCAGUGAACAGUUUGAUGGAGAAUCGGUCGGAUGACAGCGGGAACUGUUGUUAUCACCGGCGGAAUACUAGCGACCGUGAUCCUACUGUGUAUUAUUGCAGUGCUCUGUUAUUGUAGGCUACAGUAUUAUUGCUGCAAGAAAGAUGAAUCUGCUGAGGAGGAGGAGGAGGAGGAGGAGGAGGAGGAGGAGCCUGACCUUCCCACUCGCUCAUACCUUACAACCUGCAAUGCCUGCAACUCUCGCAUCGUGGACGGGCAGGGCAGCCCAGCACCACCACCCCACGAAUUUAACCAGCAGGGUGCUCGGAACUACUGUCCUACCUGUUCCCCCUACGGCUCACCCUUUUACAUACGGACCGCUGACAUGGUGCGGAAUGGUGGUGAGAGGAUCACCUACAUGCCCGCAUGCUACAAGGAAAUGGGGCCACCCUUCAAAAUGGCAACCCUCCAGAGUUACCCGAUGACCCGCCAUGGCAUCGUCCACGAGACCUUUCCAAACCCGAGGGCUAUUAGUACAGAUGUGUAAUCAGCAUUGUCACUAUCUCACAGGGUGCGCCAAUGAGAUGGACAUUGCGGGGUGGGGACUCCAUUUAUUUCAGUGGGGUUUCUUGCAAAGGAGAGGAACCCUUGAAUGAACAUGAACAGCUAAGUCAGAGACCCAGCAUGGUCCUGAUGUUGAUCUGUCCAGAUCAUUGUAAGCUUUCGUGGGACAUUUGAAUGAAGAGCUUGAACGUGGUGAUUUCUGAACCUAUCACAAGUGUAAUUAUUAUUCCACUGUAUCUACGGAAGGGACUUGUCUAACGAGGGCUAUGUACAGUACGAACUAACUUAGUUAUCAAGACUCUUGUGACUCUCCUUACUCCCUUGAGUCCUUAAUAAGGUCUUUGGUGUCUACAUUAAGCAAAUCCUACUUGUCACUUUCCAAGGCAAUAUCACUGGCCUCCAGUAUGGAUGAAGUGAGCACAUUCGGCAAGACGUCAUACGGGGAACUGUCAGCUCCAGCAAUGGCUGCGGCAUUAGAAAGGAGGAAGAGAGAGAGAGAGGGUGAAGAUCCAGCCAGUGCGCUGGGAGUUCUAACACUUUUGCUUGAUGAAAGCUAAUGGAGAAGCAAAUAAACAGUUUGAUCAUUUUGUUCCCUUCGUAUCACGUUAGUUGCAAUUGAAUGCUAGUGUUAGAAUGCAAAAUAGGAUAACCUCUCCCUGGCUACUUUAGAUAAUUAUGAAGGGGAGAAAAGGGGACUAGUAAAAUUACUGACAUAUGCUAACAAUGCAGAUGAUCCUGCUGCUGCCAAAAAAAAAAAAAAAGCCCUUUAAUCUUCACAGGCUUUUUUAAGAGUGAUUUAAUUUAGAGGCAUAAAAAGCGCAAGGUUUUAUUGAAAGGAAAAAUUGCACUAUUAAAGAAUGAAAGCUUUGAUCUUCUGCAGUGUGCAAAGCCCUGAAAGGCCAACUGCCAUCUUCUGGGAAACUGAGAAAUAGUUUGUUUAGGACUAAUUCUGCUUACAAUAGCAAUAGGAAUGGAAAAUACCUACUAUAUCAUGACCUUGGGGUCAUGACCACCAGUGGGAGGAAUCACACAGACAGGUCUUUAGGGGGCUCAGGAUUGCCUUUCCUUUCUUUGGGGCUAGAUUGGUGGCCCAAGCCUACUUUCUGAGGUAACAUGGGGUCACUGCAUGAAAAAUGUUGACAACCACUGAGCUAGACCAUCCAGUCCACCUCUCUGCAAAAUGGACUUGGAGAUUAUUCUUUACUCCAAUACCAAACUAGGUAAAAAUUACUAAAAAGGCACAUCUGUCAUUCUGAUCCAUUUCCAUAGCAGCCAGCUGCAGGGUUCCCAACACGUGGUCCCAUGAGUGCAGGUGGAGAGUACGAAUUGGUUGCAGGUGAACCUAUAAUGCUAAAUUCCUGCUGCCACACAAACUUCCUUAGCGAUGCUCGCUAGAGUAUGUUUAACACACAGCCAUGCUAUUUAGGCAGCAUUAUUUAGAACUAUAAACUGUGAUAGAAGAAAUAGUCUAACUCCAUGAAAGGUGCUGGACUGACUGACAGCCUUUAUAUUCUCUGUUCAUCCACAGCUGGGGUAUGAUAUGAUGGUGAGGCACAGCACUGCCCAGAGCUGCAGGCUCAACGUUAGCAGGGGAGAGGAGAGUUCAGUCUUCAGGCCCAUUCGCUCUUUGGUGUCCUUACUGAGACUGCCAGUGAGGGAGCAGAUUAGUGCCAAACACGAUGGUCGUGUGUGUGACACAAGCGUCUCUCCAUCAGGAACCAACCUGUUUGGUGUAGACCAUUGAAUGGCCAUUGGUCGCCUGCUGGUCUGUAUUUGAACCAAGGCCUUAAAACUGAAAGACUGCAUCCUGAUACUCCCUGGCACCUAAGCCAUCCCGUCCUCACUGUGACUCCUAAAUAGAAUAUUCUCCAGUUCUCCCUCAGAUGGCAGUUGCCUCUUAAGUGUCCUCUAACGGACCCUGGGAGAAAAAGCCAGCUAAUGUUGGCAGGGCAGUAGUAGC